AGUCGUUUUGGCCCAGGCCUGUCCGCGAGAGCGCUCGCCCCCUGCGCAGCAUAUCGCUUGUGAACAGGCGGGCCGCCAUCCAGGGAAACAUUUCGGAGAUGACGCUCCGCGUCGCCCGCUGGGCCGCGCUCGCGACCCUGGCCGCCUGUGUGGCUGGUGAUGACGAGGCGCAAUGCCAGGUCGACCCUACAGAUGCCUGCAGAUGCAUACUGCGGGGCAGCGUGUUCAGCGACAUCGACGGCUGCGACCCCGCCGCCUGCGACAAUCCCACGCCCGAUCUCAGGGGGCUCGUCGACAGCUGCGCGGAGAAAGCGAAGACAAAGGAGUCGCCGUGCGACCAGAUCGGGGACCUGAUGGGGUGCGCAAGAGAAAUGGGUUGUGUAGACAGAGUAGUGCAGCAGUCUUGCCAGCACAUUGUGAAGACACAGUCAGAUUGCAACGUCGACUGUGGCGGCGCCGCCCACGCGGCGGGCAUUGGCCUGCUGCCCGUCCUGGUGAUGUCCCUGGCUGCAAGCCGCGGCCUUCAGGCGUGAUGGCCAGAGCGCUGACCGUCCAGCGAUGGCCUGCACUCCUGAACACGAUGCCAUUCUAGCUUUCCAGGGCGGUGCACGCCGGUGUUCCUCCGGGCGCCCGGCUUCAGCUGUAGGUGUAGGCUCGACGGUUUCACGCUCAUUUUGGUCGCGGCGACGUCGGUCAACAAAGGCUUGAACCGUUGGCGAACAUGCGCAGCCAAAUAGCUGCUGACGGCGCAUCACUGAGCAACGAAAAGGA